AAAAAAAAAACACACACACACAAUCCAUUAUCUAUCUUGCUCUCUGUCUCUCUACGUACUUUAGAGUUCAUUUGAUUCUCUCUGCUCUGCUUUGCUUUGCUUCCUCUGGAAUUCUUUAAUGCUCUUCGCUUGCUCUGUCUGUGACUCGCUCUCCUCCGCUCUGAUCAAGCCUUUAACUAUUCCCUUCCGAUUCAAACCUCACCCCUCUCUCUCUCUCUCUCUCUCUCUCUCUAUAGUUUGAACUCAACCCCACUCUUCUCUCUCUCUCUCUCUCUCUAUAUAUAUAUAUAUAUCGGCGUUGCGUUUCUCCUCGCCGGGAUAUCCCAUUUCCACCGGCGAAUGGUGGCUGUCUAUUGCUGCUGUUGAGGUGAAGCAGCUCCGAGCUCGGCACCCUUUGGCGGGAGGAGGAGGAGGAGGAUGACGGUCUACAAUGCGUCCUUCGUCAACAAUGAGCUCUCCAAGCAGACCUCAAUCUUCGGCCUCCGCCUCUGGGUCGUGAUCGGGAUCUUCCUCGGCUCCGUUAUCGUCGUCGCCCUCUUCCUCCUCUCCCUCUGCCUCACCUCCCGCCGCCGCUGCUCUAGCUCCAAGCACCGCCACCCCAAGUCCUCCGCCCUCCCCGCCGCCGCCUCCCCUCCCGUCUCCAAAGAGAUCCAGGAGAUCGUCCCCUACCACGCCCCGCCCCCCCUCCCGGAGAUCCAAAUCGACAUGGGCAAGGUGGAGCACCGGGUGGUGUACUCGGAUCGGCAGUCCAGCGGGGAGAGCCGGGGGACCGCGGGCCUCGAGACGGCCUCGUUUGGGAGCAGCGGGAACGUGGGGCCUGAGGUCUCCCACUUGGGGUGGGGCCGGUGGUACACUCUGAGAGAGCUGGAGGCCGCCACCAAUGGGCUCUGCGAGGAGAAUGUGAUUGGAGAAGGCGGCUAUGGCAUUGUUUACCGGGGACUGCUCGGCGACGGCACUAAAGUAGCCGUCAAGAACCUCUUGAACAACAGGGGACAAGCUGAGAGGGAAUUCAAGGUGGAGGUUGAAGCAAUCGGUCGCGUGAGGCACAAGAAUCUCGUUAGGUUGCUGGGAUAUUGUGUUGAGGGCGCUUACCGGAUGCUUGUCUAUGAAUAUGUAGACAAUGGCAAUUUGGACCAGUGGCUUCACGGGGAAGUUGGAGACGUCAGCCCAUUGACGUGGAAUAUCCGUAUGAAUAUUAUUCUUGGAACUGCAAAAGGGCUUGCCUAUCUUCAUGAGGGCCUUGAACCUAAGGUUGUCCAUCGAGAUGUGAAAUCCAGCAACAUACUGCUCGACUGUCAGUGGAAUGCCAAAGUAUCUGACUUUGGACUUGCUAAGCUCUUAUGCUCGGAAAGGAGUUAUGUAACAACCCGUGUCAUGGGAACAUUUGGUUAUGUGGCACCAGAAUAUGCCUGCACUGGGAUGUUGAACGAGAAGAGUGACAUUUACAGCUUUGGAAUACUCAUCAUGGAAAUAAUUACCGGGAGAAGUCCAGUCGACUAUAGCCGAACGAAAGGGGAGGUGAAUCUGGUGGAUUGGUUAAAGGCAAUGGUUGGAGAUCGAAGGGCAGAGGAAGUUGUGGACCCGAAGCUGCCUGACAUGCCUGCUUCGAAAGCGCUCAAACGUGUUCUAUUGGUGGCUCUUCGAUGUGUCGAUCCCGAUGCAACAAAGAGGCCCAAGAUGGGGCAUGUUAUCCACAUGCUCGAGGCCGAUGACUUGCUGUUCCGUGAUGGACGCCAAAUCGGGAAAGAACCUGCAAGCUCAAACCAAGAUUAUCAGCAAGCAGUGAAUAAACAUAUGAGCGAAGGAGCCUCGGAAAGUGAAUCGAGCAAAUGUGACAGCGGUAGGGAUUAUCUUCAGCCAACUGGAUGGAGAUAGCACCGGUGGGUGAUCAUUUCCCCGAUAUGGUCAAUUGUCCGUCUGUUGUGUAGGAUUUGUGAUUAUACAUAUAUAUAUAUAUUUUUAUUUAGGAAUAAUCAGCAUAUGUUUUUUACGAUAGCUUUCUUAAUACUUUGAUAAUUGAAUGAAUCAUUAAUCACUCCUACAGAAACUGCUUCAGUUCUUGCUGUUGA